ACACAUGCCGAGGCUGCAAGGCUUCAAAAUGUAUCAUGGAGGCCAACUCACAUUACAGUCCCUGUCUGUAAGAUAAUAUCUAAUGAAAGCACGCACCACCCAGCCACACUCCAGCACCACACCCUCCUAAAGCAGCUCCAUCAUCACAGGUGCCUCAUUUUCAAUGACUAUCAGUUUUGCGGCAAAACACGGACAUAGUUUGUGAUCAGCGAUGAACUGGUCAGGACUGGAGACCCUUCUAAGCGGGGUCAAUAAAUAUUCUACAGUGUUCGGUCGAGUCUGGCUGUCUGUGGUGUUUGUGUUUCGUGUUCUGGUGUUUGUGGUGGCGGCUCAACGCGUUUGGGGCGACGAUAGCAAAGACUUUGUGUGCAACACCAAGCAGCCCGGUUGCAACAACGUCUGCUACGACAGCACGUUCCCCAUCUCUCACAUCCGUCUGUGGGCCUUGCAGCUCAUCUUUGUCACAUGUCCAUCACUCUUGGUCGUAGCCCACGUCAAAUACAGAGAGGAAAAAGACAAGAAGUACACGGCCCUCCAUGAGGGCACCCAUUUAUACGCCAACCCUGGGAAAAAGCGUGGGGGUCUUUGGUGGACCUACCUGUUAAGCUUGAUCUUUAAAGCCACAGUUGAUGCUGCCUUUCUCUAUAUUCUACAUCACGUGUAUAAAGGCUAUGAUCUCCCUCGCCUCACCAAGUGCUCGCUGGAUCCUUGUCCGAAUACGGUGGAUUGUUUCAUCUCCCGUCCCACGGAGAAGAAAAUCUUCACUCUUUUCAUGGUGGCCUCCUCUGCACUCUGCAUCUUCAUGUGUAUCUGCGAAAUUAUUUAUCUCAUUGGAAAGCGUAUAUUAAAAUACUCUAUGAUGCAAGAAGCACCACCGGGACGAGCUAAAAGACCAGACCCGACUCUGUCCAGCAGCCAAAACUUGAGUUCGCAAAAAUUAAAAAACACCUCAAUGGACAAAACUGCUAUUUAAUUACAGCAGUGUGUCGCCAAACCUUUACAACUUCAGUGAGUUCGGGAUACGGGAUAAAAAAUCCUCUUUCACCAUCAUCCAAAAUUGUUGCAAUCAAAUGCAAGUGCAAAUAAAGUAGUCAUCUAAGAACAAUAAUUAAUUAGUACAGACCUCAUGUUGCUUUUAAACACAUUAAUAAAUAUAUAUUUUUAUACAAAAUAUAUUUGUUUUCAUUAUCAUGUCUGAGAUGCGGUAGCCAGGAUUUUCAUGUUCAGGUUUAUUUAUUUUUAUUUUAUUUUUAGAAUAUGCACUUUAGAAUGAACUUUAAAAGCAAAAUGUAUUUGAAAAUAGGGAAAAAAAUCUGGGUGAGGUGAGCUGGGCUCUAAGUACUUUGCAAUCAAUGUCAGAUGGCUUCAUGCAAAUGUGGUAUCGACCUCAAAAUUUACAUGUCUCCAACAGUACCAUGCAUUUUAAAGUUUGUUUUUUUAUGAUAUCUUUUUUUGUAUUUGUAUUCAGUGUACAUACAUAUCAAACAUAUCAAUA